UCUCACAAACCCACCCUCCACCACACGAAAAACCCGCCUUAUUCACCCAAAAUCGCCAUACCUUCCCCCCAACCCAACCAUUUUUUCCCUCCCGAACCCCUCAACCCCGAAACGUGGCAACACCACCUCCGGAAAUUUGAAUGAUCCAUCAUAGGUUAGGUUAGUGAUAAGGAGUGAUAUGUAUGUGAUAAAACCUAACACACUGGAAGCAGCCCGCAAAAACGCCCCAUUUCACCAUGGAACCCGAACUUGAAGUACACAAAGGCUACCUGUUGCUCCCCCCAACUGGAAAACUCCUCAUGAAGAAAUCCUGGCAACAGAAGUACUGCUACUUGUUCAAGGCGUCCAAGUUCGGGAUAGAGAGGUUGGAGAUCUGGGAUAGCAGCGACAAGACUAAAGGGACUCCGAUCAGGAUCAUCACUCUGGAGAACUGUAUUAAAAUCACGCCGGAGGGCGACAACAGGUUUACUAUUACGACGAAGACGAAUUCGUUGCCGCAUGAGUUCUGUGCUUUGAAUCUGGAGGAGAAGACUAAGUGGUUGUCGGCUUUCCAGUCAGUGGCGUUUCCGGAUGAUAUGUCGGCGAUGACGAGUAUUGAGGAGGAUAAUGAUUUGUAUUGUUCGUCGGGGGAGGGGAUUUUUAAUGUGAGGAUUCACCCGUCGGCGGCGUCGGAACGUUGCGGGCUCGAUAGUUCUGCGCAGUAUACGUUGGUACUGAAUAGUACAGCUAUGCAGUUGAAAAAUACGUACGAUGGGGUGGUCCUGUAUACGUGGCCGUACCGUUUUAUAAGGAGGUAUGGGUAUAAGAAUGGGAAGUUCACGUUUGAGGCCGGGAGGAAGUGUGAUUCUGGAGAAGGGACUUUCUUUUUGGAGCAUUCUAACCAGCAGGAAAUAUUUAGAUGCAUCUCCUCGAAAAUGAAAUCAAUGAAGAAACUGCUCAAGGACGACUCCGCCCCCACGCUGCCCCUUCUCGACUGCGGCGACAACCAAUUCCAUGCCGCCCUCAGCAUGGAGGCCCGCUCCCGCAGCCCCCUGCCGCCCUCGCCCACCGCCUCCACCACCCUCCACGAUGUCGACACCAGCACGUCCUCGUCCAUCCUCCUCGACGCCGACAAGAAGUCCCGGCCCAAACCCACCAAGCCCCCGCGCAAAUCCCUCGCCACCCGCCGCCUCCCCGACACCUACGAGCCCGUCGACAAGUACGACAAGAUCGAGUACCGCAACGACGCGUGGAAGACGCUGGGCGUGGGCGAGAUCAAGCACACGGAGAACAUCGCCAGCGGGGACGAGGACGACGUGUACAUGUCGUGGGGGGACCACAAGACGGCGGCCAACGUGAUGGUGCAGACGCGGGCGCCGAAGAUCAUCAAGCAGACGUCGAACGAGGACAACUACGACAAGCUGGAGUUCUUCGGCUCGUCGAACAAGCUGAAUGUGAAGUCGGGGUACAAGCAGGUGUCGGUGGCGUCGGGGCUGAACUCGUACACGCCGAGUUUUAACGACUACGACGAAGUGCAGCCGGCGAUGGAGGAGAUCAGGUUGGCGGACGAUAAGCACCUGGGGUAUGCGCUGGUGCGGAAGAGUGCGGGGAAGGAGCAGAAGGACGUGGAUCACCAGUUUCAUAAUAACGAGCCGUAUGCGGUUAUCAGCAAGCCAAAAAGAGUCUAGUCGGGGGGGAGUAAUAGCCUGCGUACGACCAGAGUGCCAUAGAGGGCUUUCGGAUGUUUAUAGUAUUACCGUUGUGAUUUUUGUGCAAGUUGUUAGAGGAACUUUUUUAUAGAUUGAGAGAGUAUUUUUGUAUAUUUGAUACUUAAUUUGUAUUUUUAAUACGCGGUUUUUAUACUUGCAAUAUUUGUGUAUAGUCCAUACAUCAGAGGAUGUGUGUUGCCUGCUGUAUUUGCCUUUUAUAUGUAUUAAAGAGUAUAUUUACAAAAUAA